AUUUCCGCUGCAAGCAUUCAUUUCAUUUUCUUUGUUGGAAGUAGGCAUCCCUGGUUUUCAUUCCCUAGCUCUCAUUUGAAUAAAGGCAUCAACAGCUGACACCGGUAUUUUUCCAGUAAAAUGGACAUAUCCUCAUCAUGGUUCUUUACUAUGUGACGUCUCUCUUGUCUUAGCUUCCUGCAGCAGCACACUAGCAUCAAAAUGCGACCUCAACGACGAUACUUCGUUGUCCAGCUAAGCAAUUUGGCUGGAGUUUCACCCCUUAGCGGGUCACGCGGGCUUUUCUUAGCGAAGGAGGACGUUUUAUGGAGUAUCCGAGAGCAGCUCGCAAGAUGUUUCGGCGAAUUUGAGGUUGCGCGGUCACAACUGAGAGCACUGCAUGACUCCGCAAGCUCUGGGAAUGCUCUGAAGACUUCCUCCUCUAGUGGAAGCAGUGCUGGACAAAUCACGGUGGUCCAGAAAAACGAGCAGUUGUUUUUCUUCGUCUGUGCAAGAAGUAGUUUUGAAAAGGUGCAUUUCGCGAUAACAAUGCUACGAGGCGUAGUAACAGGCAGCGCAACGUCCAAAGCUGCAUUAGCUGCUGAAAAGAUCGGCGAUUCAUCCUUGUCUCUUUUCAGCCACGACGACAAAACAUCAAGCGACAUCAACGCAUCAGCAUCGUUUGUUCCUGCCCUUCCACGUCUGCGGUUCAAUGCAGGAGCCUUGCAGAAGGCAUUAGCGCAAUACAAAGAGCUGUUUAACAGCGACAUCCUACUACUGGCUCCAGCAACAGAGAAUCAACGUGGUCAAAUACUAGAGCAAUGGAACGCCAGUAUGAAAAGAGAAAUUGACCAAUUGAUUGGGGGAACUAAUCUCUAAAAUCCGUGACAUCGCCCUCUUCCCUGCGACAUCAUAUUUAUAGAUACAUAUUUCCCCUUCCCAAAGAAAGAUUCACAGAAUAAAGAUCCAUACAAGUUGUAUCAUAAUCAAUUUUAACCGGAAGAAAAACAAGAAAAACAACGGCUUUUCUGUUGUGUUGA